AUGCAGACAGGCUGGGUUGAUCUCAGCCGUGUCAGGACGGUGGACGUGCCCUGGAGCAGCGAGGGCUGGCAGGGAAACCUCCUCCUGCUUCAGGAGCUGAAGGGCAACAUCAGAGUCCACUGUCGGAUCCGCCCUCUGCUGCCCUUCGAUGACAAGGCUCAGGAGCCGGUCUCACAGAACAGGCUCCCACACCUGGCCAGCCGGCGGUGCCCUCCACCAGGGACGCCAGAUGACGCACUGCUCUCAAGCCGAGAGGCAGCUCCCAGCGUCCUGCGGAGGCUACUGGUGAAGUUCCUGCUGAGGUCACUCACGGCCCAUCACGGGAAGGAGCAGUACCCCCGAACAGGAGGCCACGUGCUGCACAGUGGGGACCCCCGAUAUCUGCAUGACAUCCCGGAAAGUGUGGGCUCACUCUUCCUGCUGCGGCGGGGCCAGGGCGUGACUGAGGACCCCGGCCUUGGAGAGAAAGGUGUCCAAGGCUUAGAAACCGCCCCACAGCGGCCAGUAGUUUACGGCCCAGCAGAAUCUCAGAGAGCAGUGUUUGAGGAUGUGUGUCCCCUUCUUACGAGCUUCUUGGAUGGGUACAAUGUCUGCAUCAUGGCUUACGGGCAGACAGGAAGCGGGAAGAGCUUCACCAUGCUGGGCCCGCAUUGCCAGGAGGAGCCGGCCUUGCCUUCGGAACCCCGCGGCGACACGGGCAUCAUCCCCAGGGCGGCUGCAGAGCUCUUCAGGCUUAUUUCAGAAGAUGCGUCAAGGAGCCCAGAGGUGGAUGUUUCCAUAGUGGAAGUUUACAACAAUGACAUUUUUGACCUUCUGGCCAACGACAGCUGUCGAGUGGCAUCUGGGGUGAAGCGACAGGUGCUGCCCACCCAGCAAGGAAGGAAGGCGGUCUGCGGGCUGACCUACCAGUCGGUCCGCAGUGCCGCGCAGUUCCUGACGCUCGUGGGCGGGGGUCUGCAGCUGCGGGCGAAGCAGCCCACCGCGGUGCAUGCCGAGUCCUCGCGAUCUCACCUGGUGAUAACCGUGACCCUGGCCACAGCCACCUCCCCCCGCGGACGCAGCGGGCGGCCGUCCUCGCCGGGUCAGUGCCCGCGGUAGAAAUGCGCGUCGGGUGGGAGGAGCCCGCCUGCUGCAGGCUCUGAGCACGCCCAGAGCCCGGGGAGGGUCUGCAGGAGCCGGGGGGCCCAGGCUGAGAACGAGGGGGCAGGAUACAGACUGCGCGUCUUCCCGGGAAACGCGACACGUUCAUCACGAACGACACUCUGACUGUGUGUGACCUGGGUUUAACAAGGCACACAGUAGUGUAGAGGCGCGCGCCGGUAUAGAGGCACGCGCCCGUAUAGAGGCGCACGCCCCGGUAUAGAGGCGCACGCCCCGGUAUAG